AAUGAUGCCUCGUUUGGGUCAGCGCGUCUUUGAUUCAUUUUUCCCUCGAUGUUGAAAAGAACCACUCAUUAGCCUUGAAGAGCGUUUUAUACAUUUCCUUAUUUCCGGUACCCAACUUCUCUUUCAGAUGAUAAUCUAGUUGUCACCUAACGAUCAGUUGUAUUAUUUGUUACUGCUUCCGCUGCGUGCUCUUCGCAAGCUUCUUUCCAAAAGUCGGGAUUUCUGGCCAUGGCACUUUGAUUUUCCAGUCGACCUAUGUCUAUUUAUGGCCUGUGCGACGUCAGCGAGACGAAUUCCAGAAGGAUUUCCUGCUGUGACCAUUUCAUAAUAUAGGUUCGAGCGUCCGCUGACUUUGAGAGCUCCGGCACCGACAUACAUAAGGGCUAGUAAAGGGGAGUCUCCCAAAAAAACAAGUCAGCCGUCGAUAUACCUGAGUUUCAAACUCCAAACCCCUCAUUAGGAGCAAUUCGGGGUACCUCUGCUGUUUCCGUAAAUCGUUCAUUACAACAUGAGUCUGGAUCGUCAGGAAUCGGUUCGUCACGAUGAGCCAAAGACUUCAAGGGACAAUACCCUGGCCAAGUUAACCCAGCUGCCGCCGACUUCAGCUUCGAUCAAGGAAGCGUCUUCGGGAAACAGCAGCAAACUCGUUGGUAAAAUUAAGGGCAGAAUUUCGGAACCUGUCAUGGCAGCUUUCAUUGCUGGGGGUGUGGCAGGUGCAGUAUCCAGAACCAUCGUGUCGCCACUUGAGCGACUAAAAAUCCUGCUUCAAAUACAGAGUGUUGGCAGGGAAGAGUACAAGCUGUCUCUAUGGAAGGCUCUUGUGAAGAUCGGCAAAGAGGAAGGAUGGAGAGGGUUUAUGCGGGGCAAUGGUACCAAUUGCAUUCGGAUAAUCCCUUACUCUGCAGUUCAAUUCGGAAGUUACAACUUUUACAAAAGGUUUGCAGAACCAACUCCGGAUGCUGAAUUGUCACCAGUACGCCGGCUCAUUUGCGGAGGCGCCGCUGGAAUUACAUCAGUCACUAUAACUUAUCCUCUUGACAUUGUUCGGACACGUCUUUCUAUCCAAUCAGCGUCGUUCGCAGCGCUCAGUCAGCGCGAUGGCAACGGGAAGCUACCGGGCAUGUUCGGCACUAUGGUCUUAAUAUACAAGACCGAGGGUGGUAUUUUGGCGCUCUAUCGCGGAAUCAUUCCUACCGUGGCCGGCGUCGCCCCAUAUGUUGGUUUGAAUUUCAUGACAUACGAAUCGGUUCGAAAGUAUUUGACUCCCGACGGUGACAAGACUCCUAGUUCACUGCGUAAGCUACUAGCGGGCGCUAUUUCAGGAGCAGUGGCUCAAACAUGUACUUAUCCAUUUGAUGUUCUACGGCGGCGUUUCCAGAUCAAUACAAUGUCUGGAAUGGGUUAUCAGUAUGCAUCCGUCUGGGACGCCGUGAAAGUAAUUGUUGCAGAAGAGGGAACGCGUGGUCUUUUUAAAGGAAUCGUCCCCAAUCUUUUGAAAGUGGCACCGAGCAUGGCGAGUAGUUGGCUCAGUUUUGAGCUAACGAGGGACUUUCUUGUUCAGCUGAAUGACAAAUGAUAUCGCCAUGACUCGGAAGGGAUAUUUCGCCGAUCCCUAAGUUUCGCCUUUGGUGUCGUAGCUUGGAGGAUUACCACAUGAGCAUCGCUUUAUACCAGAUGGUCUAGAUGUGGGAACCAGUUGAUGGCUAUUUUAAGGAACCUAUGCAAGGUCCUACAUUGCCUCAUUUGAAGAUGAUAUGAAACAUGCUAUAUGGCUAUAGGUGUAUCUAGCUUGUCCGCAAAUUUUACACUACGCAAGGAGUGAGAAAAAAUGAGGAAGAUACUAAACAAACUGCAAAAAAUAGAGUGUAAGUGAAUGAGUGAA